GACGGGAGAUAGCAUCUGCCCUCGCAGUCGACGGAGCGAGGCGCAGCCAUGUCGGACCGCGCUGGUGUGGCGGCGGUGAACCAGCUGACCGCGGAGGAGUUCGUGCUGACUUUCAGCCGCGUGGUGGAGAGCUACCCCGCGGCCGCGGCUCAGCUCUGUCAGCUCAGGCCCUUCAGGUCCACUCAGCACAUCGUCGACUCGCUGGCCGGCUUCUUGGAGUCGCUGGCACCCGCAGAUCAGGAAGAGGUCCUGCGACUGCACACGGACCUGGCGGGCAGUCCGGCUGACGGCGAUGAAGGGCGCCUCACGGCCGAGUCAGCGCGAGAGCAGCGCGCCGCCGGCCUGCUCAGCUUGUCAGCGCGCGACAGGCAGGAACUGACACAACUGAACCACAGGUACAAAAUGAAGUUUGGCUUUCCAUUCGUUAUAUGUGCUCGUGAAAAUAAAGUAGCGACAAUCCUGGAAGGACUGAAGACGCGGCUGGGGAACACGCGACGGGAUGAGCUGGAAGCUGGCAUAGCCGAGGUGAAGAAAAUCAGUGCUCUAAGAAUAAGAGAACUGACUCAAAGUACCCAAGAUAAUCUAUAGAGAUAUGACAAAACGUCCAAAUAUUAAACAUAUUGAAUCAUUUCCAAUUAUGUAGGUAUCCUUAACAAUUUUGAUGAUUGUAGCUGUCUAUUUAGGGGGAAAAUACAUAUUUUGUGUUUUACAUA